UUAACACAUUGGUUUGUUAGCUGCAACAUUUACUUCUGUUUGGUUUUACCCUUUCUCUCUCUUACCCUCCUUUUUUCCUCUCUCUCUCUCUCUCUCUCUCUAAAAAUCACAGCUUUUUUAUUGUAUGUGUUGCUGCCAUAGACAGUGAAUGAAUGGCAGGGGUUUGUUAACAAGAAAGUAGGAGCAAGUGAUUUUUCACAACGAAAUCCAAAAGGGUCCCAAAAUUUCAAUAAAAGUUUCAAUUUUUUUAAGUGGGAAAAAAAGAAAAAGAAAUUAAAGAAGGAAUUGAAUGAAUGGAAGGCACAGGGUGCCAAAAGUAGUACAGAAUCAGAAAUGGGGUUUUGGUUCUGCAGGGUUCUGACUAGGGUUUGAAUGAAGAAGCCAUUGAAAAGAAUCUGCUAGUGGUUUUUCGUUGGUAGUGCUUUGGUUAAGGAUUAUGGGAGACAGAGAGAAUUUCGAGGUAGAUAGAGACCGGGAUCGCGUGAAUUAUUCGACUAGUAUGGCUUCGGAUUGGAGGUUUGGUGUUGGGAACUUUGCAAAUUCAAUGGUGGAUUCGUAUGUUACAAACUUUUGGGACCACCCCAAUUCCCAGAACCUGGGAUUUUGUGACAUUAAUGGGGGCUCUUCGAACAUGAACGUGAUUGGAAAAGAUGGAUUCGGCUACGGUAGAGGCAGUCAUGAUCAUAGGACACUAGAAAUGGGUUGGAGCCAUGCUAGUUCUGUGUUGAAGGGUGAUAACAAUGCUUUCUUGCCAAAUGGACCAGCAAUGCUUCCCCAGAGUUUAUCUCAGUUUCCGAGUGAUUCCGGAUUCAUCGAGAGGGCUGCGAGACUCUCGUGCUUUGGCGCGGGGAAUUCCGUGGACAUGGUGAACUCAUUUGGGAUUCCUCAAUCCAUGAACCUUUAUGCUAGGAUUGGGGGAACAAUGCAGGGAACAGGGGAUGCUCUUUUAGGACAUGGAUUAAGAUCGGCAGCACUCGGAGGGCAAUCUCAUAAAAGUGAUCCGAAUGUAGUUGAAGAUGCGAAAGAUGAUAAAGAAAUGACUCUCCAGGAUGAUAAAAGAAGUGAAAAUCUUGCAGUGUCUCAUGAUGAAGGGAAACAAGCUCUUGGUGGUUCUGCUAAUGAAUCAGAUAGAGCCGAAUCGAGUGGCCGAGAUGAUUCCCCAAUGUUGGAGUGUACAAGUGGGGAGCCUUCGAAUAAGGGACUAAGCUCAAAGAAAAGGAAAAGAAUUGGACUGGAUGCCGAUAAAGAUAAAGUCGAUGGAAGUCCUGAACAACCUGGUGCAGCCGUGAAGGAUAAUUCCGGGAGUCGACAGCAAAAGGAGGAGCAACAACCGGCUCCAUCAACCAAGGGGUCCGGGAAGAAUGCCAAGCAGGGUUCUCAAGCAUCUGAUUCACCUAAGGAGGAGUACAUACAUGUUAGGGCUCGCCGGGGUCAAGCAACAAAUAGCCACAGCCUUGCAGAGAGAGUAAGGAGGGAAAAGAUCAGCGAGCGUAUGAAGUUUCUUCAAGACCUUGUACCUGGAUGCAGCAAGGUCACGGGAAAGGCGGUGAUGCUAGACGAAAUUAUAAAUUAUGUACAGUCUCUUCAAAGACAGGUUGAGUUUUUGUCAAUGAAACUUGCCACAGUAAAUCCGCGGAUGGAUUUUAAUAUUGAGGGAUUGCUUGCUAAAGAAAUUCUUCAGCAACGGGCCGGUACUUCUUCCGCGCAUGGGUUUCCUCCAGAAUUGUCCAUGGCUUUUCCGCCAUUACAUCCAUCUCGACCAGGACUUAUUCAUUCGACUCUUCCUAGCAUGGCAAAUUCAUCGGAUAUACUUCGGCGGACGCUUCAACCAAAUUUGGCGCACUUGAGCGGAGGAUUCAAGGACCCAAAUCAGCUUCCUGAAGUCUGGGACGACGAGCUUCACAACGUUGUACAGAUGACAUUUCCGACAUCUGCCCCUCCGAGUUGCCAAGACCUGGAUGGUUCUGCGCCUUCGGGUCAAACAAAAACUGAACCUUGAUGUUCAAGUCUUCAUGCCAUGCAUCCUCGUACAUUAGCCAAUUCGGCACACCGUGGAGCAGACGGAUCUAAGUUACCAAGACAGAAUGCCGGAUACUCGAAUCGAAUCAAAUUUAACCCGCAACACACCUUCUAGAUGAAGGCUUUGAAGGGCAGAGUUACAUACAAGAAGGAACCGACUCUAGAUUAUUACAUAGAAGGAAAUUAGAGGAGUAUUGAAGGAUGUUCCUUUGUGUUUCUUUUUUUACAUUUCAAGCAUGAAAAUAGAUAUCCUGAAUGUAUGUUUGGAAGUGGAAUCUGCUUGAUGAAGUAGAGUUUGUUCAUUAAAUGUAUAAUAUGUAUUUAAGCAGAAUGCAAAGAUGGGAUCUCACCACUCUUAAUGUUUCUUGUGGCUUUGCACCAAGUUUGAUCAACAGAAUGAGCAAAAGCAAAAGCCCUUUUUUAUCCUUUUUAAUUGGUGUAACAAGCUCCUGGUUUUUUCAGUUGAUGCUUAUUUGCUACUUGCACAUAUUAUAAAGUAAUGUUUGCUACAUUCUCCAAAAA